AUGACUAAGAAACACAUAUACUCUGAGACUCUCCUUCUCCUUUCCACCACCUCUCAUCGUCUCGCUCGUCCAGCACCUCCACCCGGUGUCCUCCACCGUAGACUGCCCAUGGCUUCACGUAUACCUGCCUUGCAGAGAUCAGUCUCUACUCUCUCCUUUGCGUCUCAUUCCGGCGCACGCUCGUGCUGUCGCAGCUGGCUCUAUCUCCCCAGUCACCGCCUUUCGACUGUGUCCAAUCUCCCCGGCGCAAGUCGUCCACGGACGCCCCAGUCCCAGCCCGCGCUCGGCCAGACGCCCCCUGUCGUGGUUCCUGCGGAGUCGACCUCUGUACCGUCGCCCAAGACGCUCUCGCCCGACGCCGCGUCCCCGCAGGUCGCCGCACGUCCGCCUCCUGCUCCCAAGGCCGAGCGCCGCAAGCCAACCAUCAAGGCGACCAAGGCUGCGAUCACUCUGACACCGACGGCAGUAGAUCGGCUACGUGCGCUCAUCAAUGGCCCGGUUCCGCGCCUCAUUCGCAUAGGCGUGCGCAACAAGGGCUGCGCAGGUCUUUCGUACCACCUCGACUAUGUCGAGCAGCCGGGCAAAUUUGACGAGGUCGUGGAGCAGGAUGGGGUGAAGGUGCUCAUUGACAGCAAGGCGCUCUUCUCCAUCAUCGGGAGCGAGAUGGACUGGCAUGAGGAUGCGCUCAGCGCCAAAUUCGCAUUCAAGAACCCUAAUAUCAAGGAUGCGUGCGGCUGCGGAGAGUCCUUCAGUGUCGGCUCAUAG